AUGUCCAAAGUGGCCAAAUACCGGCGACAAGUUAGUGAAGAUCCAGAUAUAGACAAUUUAUUGUCUACUUUGUCUCCAGAGGAGAUGGAGGAGCUGGAAAAGGAGCUGGAUGUGGUGGAUGCGGAUGGGAGCAUCCCCGUGGAGCGCAGUCAGACAAACCAAUCAGAAAACUCCUUACCUGGCCCACAAAACUGUGACACGGCGCUCAACCACCACGACAAGGACACCAGGAGGCUCCUGCAGCGGGAGCACUCGAUAGACGAAAGCAGGUUGAGCAAGAAUGAGGGAGACAAAAAUCAAGAAGAAAAAGGAAAAGAAUCUCCUUCCAAAGAACUGGCCCAGAAACAAGAUGCUAAAGUGGGGAAAGACUCGAAAAAGGAAGAAAGUGCUCAGAAAACAGACCUGAAAGGUAAAGCUGAGACUGAGACCAAGAGCAAAGAGAACAAAGCUAUGAAUGAUAAAGUAAAGGCCAUGGAAAAAAAGCUGAUGGGGAAGGACAAGAAGGAGGAAGAGAAGGGUUCAGUGUUGAAGAAGGACACAGGGAAGAACAAAAAGGAGGAAGAGAAGAGCUCAGAGUUGAAGAAAGAUGCAGGGGAGGAUAAAAAGGAAGAAGAGAACAGCUCAUGUUUUAAAAAGGAGGAUGCAGGGAAGGAUAAAAAGGAAAAAGAGAAGGUCUCAGCAGCAAAGGAGGAGACAGAGAAGGAAAAAAAGCAAGAAGAAAAGGAUUCAGCAUCAAAGGACACAGGGAAGGACAAAAAGGAGGAGAACAGAUCAGAAUCAAAGAAACAGGCAGAAAAAGACUUAAGAGGGGAAGGUAAAAAAGAAAAUGAUAAAAAAGAAGAGGAAAAGGCUUCAGCUGUGAAAAAAUCCAAGGCAGAUGAGAAUGAUAAAUCCCAGACAGAAGCAGAAAAGGCAGAAAAGGUGGAAGAGAAACAGGAGGCCAAGGCAGCAGCCGGGAGCAGCCCUUCCAAGUCUUCCUCCAGCAGCUCUGCAGAUCAAGCCAAGGAUGAUGAAGCCUCCAGCAUCUUUGACGAGCUCAUCGAGAAGGUGAAGAACAAUGACGCUGAGGUGACCGAGGUCAACGUGAACAACUCUGACUGCAUCAACAACGAGACCCUGGUGCGCUUCACUGAGGCCCUGGAGUUCAACACUGUGGUCAAGGUGUUUGCCCUGGCAAACACCCGCGCUGAUGACCACGUGGCCUUUGCCAUUGCCAUAAUGCUCAAGUCCAACAAGGUGCUGACAAGCAUCAACUUGGACUCCAACCACAUCACAGGCAAGGGUAUCCUGGCCAUUUUCCGGGCCCUGUUGCAGAACAACACACUGACAGAGCUACGUUUCCACAACCAGCGGCACAUCUGUGGGGGGAAAACAGAGAUGGAGAUUGCCAAGCUCCUGAAAGAGAACACCACACUCCUGAAGCUGGGUUACCACUUCGAGCUGGCUGGGCCACGCAUGACUGUCACCAACCUGCUGAGCCGAAACAUGGACAGGCAGAGGCAGAAACGCCUCCAGGAGCAGAAACUGGCACAGGAACGGGGGGAGAAGAAAGACCUCCUGGAGGUGCCCAAGCCUGGAGCACUGCCAAAGGGGUCCCCCAAGGCAUCCCCGCAGCCAUCCCCCAAGGCUUCCCCCAAAAGCUCUCCCAAGAAAGGAGGGGCACCCACCAUACCACCCCCACCUCCUCCUCCACUUGCCCCACCACUGAUGAUCAACGAGAACCUGAAGAACUCUCUCUCGCCAGCCACACAGAGGAAGUUGGGAGACCGGGCGUUGCCAGUCCAGGAGAAGAACUCUCGAGACCAGCUCCUGGCAGCCAUUCGCUCCAGCAACCUCAAACAGCUCAAGAAGGUGGAGUUGCCGAAGCUGCUGCAGUAG